AUGAAGUACAAUAAAGAGAAAGAGGUGGACAAAGACACCAGUAAAUGUUGUAGUCAUCGACUCUGUCUGGACGGUUAGUAUACAACUGAUCAUUUAUAUACAAUAUAUAAGUACAUUACAUUUAAAAAAUAAAUAUAUAUAUAUAUAUAUAUAUAUAUAUAUAUAUAUACUCCCUGUAUAAUUCAGCCUGGGCCUAGAACCGUCCCACUUAGAUUCAGGGCAACUGAUCCGCCACACUUUAUCUCUCUCUCCCCCUCUGUAAAUGUCCCCCUUUUUGUUGCUGCUUUUAACCUAUUAAUGUAACUUACCAUUUUAACUGCUUGGUUUUAAUCAAUCUGCAAAGAGUUGUCAAUAUACACCAAGUAUGGAAAUCUCAGUUAUCACAUCUCAUGCAUAACCACCAUGGGUAUUGUUAAGGGUGAGCAAGCAAAUGGUGAGAAAGCAAAUAUAAUAACUUCUUAUGAGUUAAUGAUUGCUUACUGAUUGUCUGGAGAUGUUUUUAAGGACAAUGUGUCAUUAUUUGUAUAAAUUCCAUAAAACAAUGCAUUUUCAGUUUUUUAUUUGUUUUUGUGAAUAAACUUAUUCUGCAAAGAAAAGUGGUCGUCUUAUUUGUGUUUUCAAAAAUAAUUUUACUAGUAGCUAGCAGACAUUAAAACCAGGUAGCUAGGCGUUUAUGACGGAUUUCAAAUAAAUAUCCCCAUAUAAGGGCAUUUAUUAGAAAGUUUAUGGUACUUUCUGUCGUCAUUUCCGUUAUCUAUCUUUCCGGAUAAAGUUUAUUUAUUUAUUUCACAAACGAAUGCUGCUUGAGAUCUUCGAGAAGCUUUGCAAUAGUAGAAACGAUUCUGUUAUAAACAUUUUACAGAGGCACUAGCACUGCAUAUUUGUUUCUGUGUAACAACGGUGAUUUUAUUUGAUGAGCAAUGUCUAACACUGUUUCUUUUAGUACACAAAUAGGCGCAAUCAUGGAUGUGCUAGCAAAGGCAGCUGUUGCAGAAAUAACCAAAUUUGUAGAUGAGGGUACUGUCGUGCUUCGGCUGGAAAUGUGUCGGAAAGAAAAUGAGAUAGAAGGCCUUCAAAAUAGUUUACAGCUGAUGGAAAGAGAACUGAGGAAAGCUCAAAGGGAAGCAGCAGAACGAGGGACCAAUGAGAGGCAACAUGCUGAGGGAAUUCAGCUUGGAAGUGGGACCUCACAAAAAGGUGAGCGCUCACCCUUAGUUUAGUGCUGUCAAGCAGGGCCCGGUUUCCCAAAAGCAUCUUAAAGCUAAGUUCAUCGUUAGACCCAUAUGAUCCUAUCGUACCAUAUACCUAUGGUUCUAACGAUUAACUUAGCCUUUUAUACCUAGGACAAUGUACCUCAUUAGUGUAAUCAGGAUUUGAGGUGUAGUGAGGUCCGGAAGGUACGCGCCCCCAAUUAAAAUGCUAUUUGGAGAACAGCAAAAAUAAGUAAAAAUGACCCAAGUCAUUAUCACCUCUGCUGCUGUAGGUUUAUUCACCUCAGUCAUCUACAAACACAGCAUAUUAGCUAUACAAUUGUAAUGUUAUACCCUUAAAAGGGGGGAAAUAUGAAAACGGAUUCACACGAACACGUAGCAUUAGGUACUGUUCAGUCAGUUGUAAUGAUGAAUUGCAUAAAGUCAUCAAUUAUUUACUUGGAUAUCUCUUUUCCCAAAUUACAUAGCUUUCGCAUUUGUAGUCCUAGGCAUUACUAAUAUACAGGAGUGAAAGGAUAAUUAAUUUCUUCCGGUGCAGGACCUCCAAAAUGUUUAAUGGGUGUAAUCAUAGAAUUACAUAUAGAAUCCCUAUUAAUUCAAUAGGAUCUCUGUGGGCCUAGUCAUAAAGAUUUGUCAUUUAACUUUUUUAAUGUAUUACAUUUUAUUGUGGCAUAAACACAACCAGUCAUCAUUUGUUUUAAUUAUUGUGAUUGGCUAAUGUUUUACUGGUAAGGCGUACCCCCACAAUAUUUUUACCGGGACACCGUACCGCCUUACUUUCACCCCUGCUAAUAUAUGCCAUUUAGAAGACACUUUUAUCCGGAACGACUAACAGUAAAGUGCCACACAAACAGACAUCAAUGGAGCACACAGAUGAUUGUGUCACAUUCACAUUAAUUAUUAGAAUAUGACUUACUAUUCUGUAUUAAUAUCAGUGAUGUAGUGGUAAGAAAAAGGUGGGUAAUAAACCCCAGUGGGCGAUCGAGAUAAGACUAAAAACCACUGAUAUAAACGUUUUAGAACCGUAUUGUUUGCAUUUCAAUUGCAUUUUAAUGUAGGCCUAUAUGGAAAAAAAUCCACUGUACUAACCUCUCUGCUUGCUUCCUCUCUCUAUGUCCUCUGCUUCCUCCUGUAUACAUUGCAGCCUGCCUCUGCCUCACCACUGAGCGCCUCAUCACUGUCUGUCUCAGUAGCCUACUCUCUAUAAAGCAAAGUUAUUAUGAGAACUUAGUAGCCUAUUUUUUGCUCCUGCUGAGGUAGGCUCCGUUUAACAGUAGCUUCUUACUUCAUCCUUCUAGCUGGCUAAGUAAUACUAGCCAGAGCCCUUCAACAUUACUGCAAUAGAAGUCUCUGCCGGCAGCUAGCCACCUGACUGACUGACAUAUCUAUAAGUGACUAUUUACCAGUUGUGCACUCGUUCUCUGAUAGUCGGUUUUUGUUUGUUUGGGGAAUGUCUGUAGACAUGGCAGGAGUCGCGGGACGGUUUUAAAAUUGCCUUUUGUCCGGUAUCUCGCAAACACACUGUCAGCAGCAUCUCUAGUUACCUACUUGAGCCGACUCUGAGCUGGGCUGGUUCGUUUUACAUCUCAGGCCCUCGGGCCUGUGCUGCGAGAGGGCGGGGUUAGCCAUUUGAGAGAGUGGUUGCUGCUAAAAAGGCAAAACCGGAAGGCAAAUCCGGGAGAUGCAGGCGAACAUAAACAAACCACUGUUCAUGAUUCCACUCGUUUGCAAAGAGGCUGGCACGAUUAGAACCCAAUCAGAUCAAGAAUAUAAGCGCUCUGAGCUUUGAUCAACGCUGGGAGCAAUAUUUAGAUGUUGACCCGUAAUUGAUUUUCUUUGUUGUGUACAAAAUAUAUACACUGCUCAAAAAAAUAAAGGGAACACUUAAACAACACAAUGUAACUCCAAGUCAAUCACACUUCUGUGAAAUCAAACUGUCCACUUAGGAAGCAACACUGAUUGACAAUACAUUUCACAUGCUGUUGUGCAAAUGGAAUAGACAACAGGUGGAAAUUAUAGGCAAUUAGCAAGACACCCGCAAUAAAGGACUGGUUUUGCAGGUGGUGACCACAGACCACUUCUCAGUUCCGAUGCGUCCUGGCUGAUGUUUUGGUCACUUUUGAAUGCUGGCGGUGCUUUCUAGUGGUAGCAUGAGACGGAGUCUACAACCCACACAAGUGGCUCAGGUAGUGCAGCACAUCCAGGAUGGCACAUCAAUGCGAGCUGUGGCAAGAAGGUUUGCUGUGUCUGUCAGCGUAGUGUCCAGAGCAUGGAGGCGCUACCAGGAGACAGGCCAGUACAUCAGGAGACGUGGAGGAGGCCGAAGGAGGGCAACAACCCAGCAGCAGGACUGCUACCUCCGCCUUUGUGCAAGGAGGAGCAGGAGGAGCACUGCCAGAGCCCUGCAAAAUGACCUCCAGCAGGCCACAAAUGUGCAUGUGUCUGCUCAAACGGUCAGAAACAGACUCCAUGAGGGUGGUAUGAGGGCCCGACGUCCACAGGUGGGGGUUGUGCUUACAGCCCAACACCGUGCAGGACGUUUGGCAUUUGCCAGAGAACACCAAGAGUGGCAAAUUCGCCACUGGCGCCCUGUGCUCUUCACAGAUGAAAGCAGGUUCACACUGAGCAUGUGACAGACGUGACAGAGUCUGGAGACGCCGUGGAGAACGUUCUGCUGCCUGCAACAUCCUCCAGCAUGACCGGUUUGGCGGUGGGUCAGUCAUGGUGUUGGGUGGCAUUUCUUUGGGGGGCCGCACAGCCCUCCAUGUGCUCGCCAGAGGUAGCCUGACUGCCAUUAGGUACCGAGAUGAGAUCCUCAGACCCCUUGUGAGACCAUAUGCUGGUGCGGUUGGCCCUGGGUUCCUCCUAAUGCAAGACAAUGCUAGACCUCAUGUGGCUGGAGUGUGUCAGCAGUUCCUGCAAGAGGAAGGCAUUGAUGCUAUGGACUGGCCCGCCCGUUCCCCAGACCUGAAUCCAAUUGAGCACAUCUGGGACAUCAUGUCUCGCUCCAUCCACCAAUGCCACGUUGCACCACAGACUGUCCAGGAGUUGGCGGAUGCUUUAGUCCAGGUCUGGGAGGAGAUCCCUCAGGAGACCAUCCGCCACCUCAUCAGGAGCAUGCCCAGGCGUUGUAGGGAGGUCAUACAGGCACGUGGAGGCCACACACACUACUGAGCCUCAUUUUGACUUGUUUUAAGGACAUUACAUCAAAGUUGGAUCAGCCUGUAGUGUGGUUUUCCACUUUAAUUUUGAGGGUGACUCCAAAUCCAGACCUCCAUGGGUUGAUACAUUUGAUUUCCAUUGAUAAUUUUUGUGUGAUUUUGUUGUCAGCACAUUCAACUAUGUAAAGAAAAAAGUAUUUAAUAAGAUUAUUUCAUUCAUUCAGAUCUAGGAUGUGUUAUUUUAGUGUUCCCUUUAUUUUUUUGAGCAGUGUACUUUUAUUAUUUUUCAAAUUAGAAAAAAUUACCAAAGUCCAGACCUCAGUGUCCUCAUAUGUAGUUACGGCCCUGCUAUCAAGUCAGGUUACUUGCCCUGUUCAAGGUUUUGUUUUAUCGCUUAUUUGACACAUUUCUAACAAUUACAUAAACCAUCUACUCUACUUCCAGGUAAUGAAGAGGACCAGAAAUCCCAAGCCACUCCUGUAGAGGACCCAGAGAAGUUCAAUGAGCUGCAGAGCUCAGGACACCUUGAGGAGGCGAGGGGUGGACUGGAGUUUCUGGUGAAAGCAGAGCAGGUGGAAAAACAUGUAGCCCAGGGAACCAUACAAGACCCAGGAAUCACAGGCAGUUUGGACUUUAGAAUGGAUGAGAGAGAUAGUCAGCUGUGGUUCUCUGUUACACAAGGACUAAGUGGGAAUGAUUCCACUCACCCAGAUGGGUCUUACACUACAGAGAGAUGCUUACAGAUGUUUUCCUCUCAGGCAGAUCAAUAUCCCGCUCCCAUCCCAUCCCAUCCUGCUUCCUGCAACUCUUUGUCUACUGCAGAGAAACCGCUUAAUGACAUUUUCAGCACUGUCCCAGUGAAAGUGGAGCCCGAGUGGCAUCCUCUUUAUAAUGGCGAUGCCAUGUCUGAGUCCUUUCAAGCUGAGCAGGGGCAGUACAGAGAUACUCUGCACCCUUUAGUGAUGGAGGGCUUGAUUUUACAGCCCAGACUGCAGCAGCCAGGACCUUCUUCACAAGGGCUCAUGAGAGCAACUGAGAACACAUCUGAGUCAAACUCGCACAACAAUGAGCAUAUUCUUAAUAAGAACAGAUUGAAAACAAAAAGGAUGGUAAAUGUUUGGAGAGCUGUACCAAACCAGAAAAUGUUCAUAUGCUCAUUGUGUGGAAAGAGCUUCCACCGCCAUUGUCAACUUGAAGCACACCAGCACUCUCAUGCGGGAGUCAAACCAUACAGAUGUCUUGAGUGUGGGAAAAGUUUUACGCAGAAAACCAGACUUAAGUCACAUCAGAGUGUCCACACGGGUGAGAGACCUUUCAGUUGCAGACUCUGUGGCAAGAUGUUUGCAAGGCAGGACAACUGCCAAAGACAUGAGCGAUUUCACAGUGGACAAAAGCCAUUUAGUUGUGUGCAGUGUGGUAAAAGUUUCACGGUUCUCGGUAACCUCAAAAUACAUCAAAAACAUCAAUGUAAAUUUGCCAAUGUCAUAAUGUAAGAAUGCAUGUUGUUCAGUGUUUUCCUCAGCGUUGUACAGUUAACCCUUUUAACUGUCUCUUCUUGAAAAACAUGUUGAACAAUUAUUUCACCUUAAAACCCUAUUACUUACAACUCAAAUAAGAACUUCAAAUUGUUUUUUUUCCAACUUGAUGUUUAUUUAUGAAAUUACAGAGCUCUACCAGGCGGUUGAGAAGUUAAAAGAGGGAAUGCCAUAUUAGAAUUUUACUAAUCUCAACAAUAUUACAUAAAUUACUUGAUAUGCUUCAAGGGCUUUAUAUGAAUGUAAGCAUUGUUAAAUGAGGAUGUCAAAUUUGAACAAAUUGUCAUUUUGUGUGUCAUACCAUGAAUUUUCAGGUUGUGUAUAGUGCAAUCAGGGCCCGCUCCAGCCAUAACCGACAUAAGCGGUCGCUUAGGGCUCCCGGCCGCGGGGGGGUGGGGGGGACUGUCGGGGUCACAACUUACUAUUGAGAGUAAGAAUAGUAGAAUACACCAGGUGCAAUUUAGAAAUGUGGUUGUGCACCAGCAGAUUUUUCUCUUAUUACGUCAGUCACUCAAUUUGCUGACAAUUACAGAGGAGCUACACCAGGAUUACACAUGUGCAAACUGAACAGGAUGUCAGCGUGGUAACUUUACCUGCUACACCAGCGACAUAAACAGAUGCGCGCAUGGAAUUAGAAUCAGUAGCGCUCGGUCACUUUUGCAAGGAAUAUAUUGACUUUGCGUCCAAUAUGGGAAGACCAGUGGAGGCUGCUGGGGGAGGACGGCUCAUAAUAAUGGCUGGAAUGGAGCAAAUGGAAUGGCAUCAAGCCAUUUGUUUGUAUUUGAUACCGUUCCACUGAGUCCGCUCCAGCCAUUACUACGAGCCUGUCCUCCCCAAUUAAGGUGCCACCAACAACCUCUGGGGUAGACUAUAUGACAACAACCAUAUUGUCAUUACAUCAAAAAUAAAGUUGAGUAAAAAUUCUACAACCAGAGGUAUACAAGAUGGCGUAUUGAAUACACAGCGGUACAAAUCACCUCAAGAUAAAAACAUAUAUUCAAUAUCAGUAAGUUAGACUAAAUAUUAACAUUUCAUAUAUUCGAGGGUAAUAACAUUCAAUCUGGAUAAUAACACAAAAUAAAUUAUAAGGCUAGAGAAAUGUAUCGACAAAUAUUCCAACAACACGCAACACCCGAACAUGACGGAAGAUAAACGAGGAGAAUCGAUCUCCAAGAGAAAACGCGACUCGUCGACUGAUACAGAUUAUUUAUGCUUUUCACCACUGGAACUGGUAAGUGUGGAAAGUGACCUGUUGAAGUCGAUAAAUGAGAAACUGGGCAUACUAGAGUUGGUGAGUAAAUAUGUAAAAGAGUUGAAGGCGAGUCUUGAAAUGAGUGACGGAAAAGCUGCGAUAAUGGAGAGCGAUACAAAAAAACUAAAAGGGGCAGUCACUAGGAUGGAAACGGUCGUUAAGGAACUUAAAAAGGAGAACAACUUUCUGAGAGAAGCCUUACUAGACAUACAAACUAGAUCGAUGAGAGAAAAUCUAGUACUUAUGGGUAUCCAGGAAAAAUAGGGAGAGAUUACAGAAAAACUUGUGAAGGACUUCUUUCUUACGGCGCUUCAAAUUCCACUCGAGGCUGUCGACAAAAUCCAACUCGAACGUGUACACCGUUUCGGACAAAGAGGACAGAGAUAUGAGCAUCCAAUCGUUGCCAAAUUUGCUUUUUUUUAAGGAUAAAGUAACGGUUAAAAGGUAAAAGACUUGCUGGCACGAAAAUAGGCAUGAAUGUGUGUUGCUCUUGUUGUCGAUAAACUGUAUAUUGACAACCAAAUGUUCCACGACACAAAGACUACUCCAUGGCUAUUCUGAAAGUUCUAAUAGAGGAGUCGAAUAAUAGAACACCCAAUAGCCAUGGUAGGGAUUGUAAUAAUAAAACACAUUUAUAGUAUUUUAUAAAGGGAUAAGACGGUAUUACAAGAAAAUAUAACAAGCAAAAUAAUACAUCUUCAAAUACAACUAAAUUAGAACACAAGUACUCAAUCAACAUAGUGGAGAUAAAAACAUAGCAAACAGAAGACAUAGAAGGCACAGUAUGUGUGGAUGGAAGGUGUGGUGUGCAAUUUUUGUGUUUGAAUAAGUGUGGCGUUAAGUGAGUGAGAGGAAAUGGUUGCAUAUCCCACAACCAACGUGUGUCUGUGAGCAGGGGUUGGGAGAGAGCUUUCAAUUUUGUGCAGAUGAAGGAUAUACAUUUUAAAAUAUAGUAUACAUCUAAUAUAUUUUUGGAUUGUCCUAUCAUUAUGGAACGAUCCCCAACCCUAUAUCCUAGACACCCACCUGAGCGACCCAUACACCAAAGAGAAGUCCCCAUCUGUUUUAUGGACCUGCUGUGAGUUGCCUAUAUGCAGCCAAAACAGAAAAAUAAAUGCGGUCAGAGACCUACUUGAGCAGCACCACCCCCUCAAGAUUCUGAGCCUGCCUGGCAGGGUUGGUCCUACAAAGCCAGAGCCCCCUGAUGGGAGAGCAUAAUAUACAAGGAAAUUCUCAAAGCUGCUAAUGAGAACCUUGACGACCUUGUACAUAACCGGUGGGGAUUCCGGUGGGGUACGCCCACCCAGGUAGUGGCAGUGCUGGCAACACUGGCUGCAGUAACCCAUGGGGAGGGGGUCACACUCGGACAAUCAGAGAGGGGGCUUAUCAUUGUGGCACAAAAUAAUCAAAGGUCUGACUGCACGGAGAUGCUUGGGGAAAAUGGUUACAACAGGGGACCAGAGUGUUUGUGUCUCAGGGAAGAGGGUGGAUCUGAUCUCCAUCACCUAGGACUUGACAUAGAUUAAAUAGAUUAAUCAAAUCUCACAUUGUUGUAAAUUUUUUCUCAAUCUUGCAUGCUUUCUCAAACAGCUGUAACUGUAUAUGCAUUCGUAUAUGCAUUCGUAAAUCAGGUCCUUUCUUGAGUUGGGCUCUGGGAUGUAACAACCGUUGAGCAUCUGAUUUUAUGGUUCAUUGUGGAGGAAAGGGGUUGAGUAUGUGCGUGUGUGUUUAUCCAACAUCUGUUGCAAGGGGGUAAGGAUGCUAGGGAGAAUAUAGGAUGAACCACAAUAAUUGUUUGGUAAAAUAAUAAUUGCUUGUAAAAAAUGUAAUGUAAUACAAUGGCAAUCCGGGUUAUAGAUUAAAAUCCUACGCAUGAACUGCCAACAUUAUUAUGCAUAUUAAUUGAUAAUGAUGGAAAAUAAGAUAUGCAAGAUAUUUGAAUAGAUAUAUAUUUUUAAAUAGCUAUAUAUAUAUAUAUAUAUAUAUAUACAGUGGGGGAAAAAAGUAUUUAGUCAGCCACCAAUUGUGCAAGUUCUCCCACUUAAAAAGAUGAGAGAGGCCUGUAAUUUUCAUCAUAGGUACACAAAUGAGAAAAAAAAUCCAGAAAAUCACAUUGUAGAAUUUUUUAUGAAUUUAUUUGCAAAUUAUGGUGGAAAAUAAGUAUUUGGUCAAUAACAAAAGUUUCUCAAUACUUUGUUAUAUACCCUUUGUUGGCAAUGACACAGGUCAAACGUUUUCUGUAAGUCUUCACAAGGUUUUCACACACUGUUGCGACCGGGAGACUCAUGGGCGGCGCACAAUUGGCCCAGCGUCGUCCAGGGUAGGGGAGGGAAUGGCCGGCAGGGAUGUAGCUCAGUUGAUAGAGCAUGGCGUUUGCAACGCCAGGGUUGUGGGUUCGAUUCCCACGGGGGGCCAGUAUAAAAAAAAAAUGUAUUCACUAACUGUAAGUCGCUCUGGAUAAGAGCGUCUGCUAAAUGACUAAAAUGUAUACAGUGGGGAAAAAAAGUAUUUAGUCAGCCACCAAUUGUGCAAGUUCUCCCACUUAAAAAUAUGAGAGAGGCCUGUAAUUUUCAUCAUAGGUACACGUCAACUAUGACAGACAAAUUGAGAAUUUUUUUCUCCAGAAAAUCACAUUGUAGGAUUUUUAAUGAAUUUAUUUGCAAAUUAUGGUGGAAAAUAAGUAUUUGGUCACCUACAAACAAGCAAGAUUUCUGGCUCUCACAGACCUGUAACUUCUUCUUUAAGAGGCUCCUCUGUCCUCCACUCGUUACCUGUAUUAAUGGCACCUGUUUGAACUUGUUAUCAGUAUAAAAUACACCUGUCCACAACCUCAAACAGUCACACUCCAAACUCCACUAUGGCCAAGACCAAAGAGCUGUCAAAGGACACCAGAAACAAAAUUGUAGACCUGCACCAGGCUGGGAAGACUGAAUCUGCAAUAGGUAAGCAGCUUGGUUUGAAGAAAUCAACUGUGGGAGCAAUUAUUAGGAAAUGGAAGACAUACAAGACCACUGAUAAUCUCCCUCGAUCUGGGGCUCCACGCAAGAUCUCACCCCGUGGGGUCAAAAUGAUCACAAGAACGGUGAGCAAAAAUCCCAGAACCACACGGGGGGACCUAGUGAAUGACCUGCAGAGAGCUGGGACCAAAGUAACAAAGCCUACCAUCAGUAACACACUACGCCGCCAGGGACUCAAAUUCUGCAGUGCCAGACGUGUCCCCCUGCUUAAGCCAGUACAUGUCCAGGCCCGUCUGAAGUUUGCUAGAGUGCAUUUGGAUGAUCCAGAAGAGGAUUGGGAGAAAGUCAGAUGAAACCAAAAUAUAACAUUUUGGUAAAAACUCAACUAGUCAUGUUUGGAGGACAAAGAAUGCUGAGUUGCAUCCAAAGAACACCAUACUUACUGUGAAGCAUGGGGGUGGAAACAUCAUGCUUUGGGGCUGUUUUUCUGCAAAGGGACCAGGACGACUGAUCCGUGUAAAGGAAAGAAUGAAUCGUGAGAUUUUGAGUGAAAACCUCCUUCCAUCAGCAAGGGCAUUAAAGAUGAAACGUGGCUGGGUCUUUCAGCAUGACAAUGAUCCCAAACACACCGCCCGGGCAAUGAAGGAGUGGCUUCGUAAGAAGCAUUUCAAGGUCCUGGAGUGGCCUAACCAGUCUCCAGAUCCCAACCCCAUAGAAAAUCUUUGGAGGGAGUUGAAAGUCUGUGUUGCCCAGCGACAGCCCCAAAACAUCACUGCUCUAGAGGAGAUCUGCAUGGAGGAAUGGGCCAAAAUACCAGCAACAGUGUGUGAAAACCUUGUGAAGACUUACAGAAAACGUUUGACCUGUGUCAUUGCCAACAAAGGGUAUAUAACAAAGUAUUGAGAAACUUUUGUUAUUGACCAAAUACUUAUUUUCCACCAUCAUUUGCAAAUAAAUUCAUUGAAAAUCCUACAAUGUGAUUUUCUGGAAAUUUUUUCCUCAUUUUUUCUGUCAUAGUUGACGUGUACCUAUGAUGAAAAUUACAGGCCUCUCUCAUCUUUUUAAGUGGGAGAACUUGCACAAUUGGUGGCUGACUAAAUACUUUUUUUCCCCACUGUAUGUAAUGUUAAAAUUUUGGCCCAUUCCUCCAUGCAGAUCUCCUCUAGAGCAGUAAUGUUUUGGGGCUGUCGCUGGGCAACACGGACAUUCAACUCCCUCCAAAGAUUUUCUAUGGGGUUGAGAUCUGGAGACUGGCUAGGCCACUCCAGGACCUUGAAAUGCUUCUUACGAAGCCACUCCUUCGUUGCCCGGGCGGUGUGUUUGGGAUCAUUGUCAUGCUGAAAGACCCAGCCACGUUUCAUCUUCAAUGCCCUUGCUGAUGGAAGGAGGUUUCACUCAAAAUCUCACGAUACAUGGCCCCAUUCAUUCUUUCCUUUACACGGAUCAGUCGUCCUGGUCCCUUUGCAGAAAAACAGCCCCAAAGCAUGAUGUUUCCACCCCCAUGAUUCACAGUAGGUAUGGUGUUCUUUGGAUGCAACUCGGCAUUCUUUGUCCUCCAAACACGACGAGUUGAGUUUUUACCAAAAAGUUAUAUUUUGAUUUCAUCUGACCAUAUGACAUUCUCCCAAUCCUCUUCUGGAUCAUCCAAAUGCACUCUAGCAAACAUCAGACGGGCCUGGACAUGUAUUGGCUUAAGCAGGGGGACACGUCUUGUACUGCAGGAUUUGAGUCCCUGGCGGCGUAGUGUGUUACUGAUGGUAGGCUUUGUUACUUUGGUCCCAGCUCUCUGCAGGUCAUUCACUAGGUCCCCCUGUGUGGUUCUGGGAUUUUUGCUCACCGUUCUUGUGAUCCUUUUGACCCCACGGGGUGAGAUCUUGCGUGGAGCCCCAGAUCGAGGGAGAUUAUCAGUGGUCUUGUAUGUCUUCCAUUUCCUAACAAUUGCUCCCACAGUUGAUUUCUUCAAACCAAGCUGCUUACCUAUUGCAGAUUCAGUCUUCCCAACCUGGUGCAGGUCUACAAUUUUGUUUCUGGUGUCCUUUGACAGCUCUUUGGUCUUGGCCAUAGUGGAGUUUGGAGUGUGACUGUUUGAGGUUGUGGACAGGUGUCUUUUAUACUGAUAACAAGUUCAAACAGGUGCCAUUAAUACAGGUAACGAGUGGAGGACAGAGGAGCCUCUUAAAGAAGAAGUUACAGGUCUGUGAGAGCCAGAAAUCUUGCUUGUUUGUAGGUGACCAAAUACUUAUUUUCCACCAUAAUUUGCAAAUAAAUUCAUUAAAAAUCCUACAAUGUGAUUUUCUGGAUUUUUUUUCGCUCAAUUUGUCUGUCAUAGUUGACGUGUACCUAUGAUGAAAACUACAGGCCUCUCUCAUCUUUUUAAGUGGGAGAACUUGCACAAUUGGUGGCUGACUAAAUACUUUUUUUCCCCACUGUAUAUUGAGGUGAGAGCAUUGGAAAUGCUUUUGGCGGUUGACCUGCUUCUGUUUUGUGGGUGGCACUGUGUGCUGUUUUCAAUGGAUGGGUCCUGGCCUCUCGGGGCCCUAGGGAUCCGGAGGGACGGGGGUGGUAUGCCGAUCACUAGGAUGACGGCCCAACUUGGGAUGGGGAGGGUCUUUAGCGGGGGAAUUAGUGGAGAACAAUUGGAGGGUUACUUAGUAGGAAUAUACUUCUCCCAUGGGCUCCCAAAGAAACUCAAAAGAGGAGAAUAUAUUAAUUAACAGUAAUUUCGAUCCGAAUGUGCAAAUUGUCCAAACAGAUACGCAAGGUAGAUGGAUUAUUUUAAAUAUGUUUUUGGACCAUAAACAGAUAUGGCUCAUUAACCUUUACGGACCAAAUAAUGAUGAUCCACACUUCUUUGACAAUAUAUACAGUGGGGGAAAAAAGUAUUUAGUCAGCAACCUAUUGUGCAAGUUCUCCCACUUAAAAAGAUGAGAGAGGCCUGUAAUUUUCAUCAUAGGUACACGUCAACUAUGACAGACAAAAUGAGAUUUUUUUUCCAGAAAAUCACAUUGUAGGAUUUUUUAUGAAUUUAUUUGCAAAUUAUGGUGGAAAAUAAGUGUUUGGUCAAUAACAAAAGUGUCUCAAUACUUUGUUAUAUACCCCUUGUUGGCAAUGACACAGGUCAAACGUUUUCUGUAAGUCUUCACAAGGUUUUCACACACUGUUGCUGGUAUUUUGGCCCAUUCCUCCAUGCAGAUCUCCUCUAGAGCAGUGAUGUUUUGGGGCUGUCGCUGGGCAACACAGACUUUCAACUCCCUCCAAAGAUUUUCUAUGGGGUUGAGAUCUGGAGACUGGCUAGGCCUCUCCAGGACCUUGAAAUGCUUCUUACGAAGCCACUCCUUCGUUGCCCGGGCGGUGUGUUUGGGAUCAUUGUCAUGCUGAAAGACCCAGCCACGUUUCAUCUUCAAUGCCCUUGCUGAUGGAAGGAGGUUUUCACUCAAAAUCUCACGAUACAUGGCCCCAUUCAUUCUUUCCUUUACACGGAUCAGUCGUCCUGGUCCCUUUGCAGAAAAACAGCCCCAAAGCAUGAUGUUUCCACCCCCAUGCUUCACAGUAGGUAUGGUGUUCUUUGGAUGCAACUCAGCAUUCUUUGUCCUCCAAACACGACGAGUUGAAGUUUUUACCAAAAAGUUAUAUUUUGGUUUCAUCUGACCAUAUGACAUUCUCCCAAUCCUCUUCUGGAUCAUCCAAAUGUACUCUAGCAAACUUCAGACGGGCCUGGACAUGUACUGGCUUAAGCAGGGGGACACGUCUGGCACUGCAAGAUUUGAGUCCCUGGCGGCGUAGUGUGUUACUGAUGGUAGGCUUUGUUUAUUUGGUCCCAGCUCUCUGCAGGUCAUUUACUAGGUCCCCCCGUGUGGUUCUGGGAUUUUUGCUCACCGUUCUUGUGAUCAUUUUGACCCCACAGGGUGAGAUCUUGCGUGGAGCCCCAGAUCGAGGGAGAUUAUCAGUGGUCUUGUAUGUCUUCCAUUUCCUAAUAAUUGCUCCCACAGUUGAUUUCUUCAAACCAAGCUGCUUACCUAUUGCAGAUUCAGUUUUCCCAGCCUGGUGCAGGUCUACAAUUUUGUUUCUGGUGUCCUUUGACAGCUCUUUGGUCUUGGCCAUAGUGGAGUUUGGAGUGUGACAGUUUGAGGUUGUGGACAGGUGUCUUUUAUACUGAUAACAAGUUCAAACAGGUGCCAUUAAUACAGGUAACGAGUGGAGGACAGAGGAGCCUCUUAAAGAAGAAGUUACAGGUCUGUGAGAGCCAGAAAUCUUGCUUGUUUGUAGGUGACCAAAUACUUAUUUUCCACCAUAAUUUGCAAAUAAAUUCAUAAAAAAUCCUACAAUGUGAUUUUCUGGAGAAAAAAAUUCUCAAUUUGUCUGUCAUAGUUGACGUGUACCUAUGAUGAAAAUUACAGGCCUCUCUCAUAUUUUUAAGUGGGAGAACUUGCACAAUUGGUGGCUGACUAAAUACUUUUUUUCCCCACUGUAUACAUUUUCAUCAUUUAGCAGACGCUCUUAUCCAGAGCGACUUACAAAUUGGUGCAUUCACCUUAUGAUAACAAGUGGGACAACCACUUUACAAUAUGUUUUUUUUUUCUCUCUUUGGGGUGGGGUAAGGGGGGGGGUAGAAGGAUUACUUUAUCCUAUCCCAGGUAUUCCUUAAAGAGGUGGGGUUUCAAGUGUCUCUACGGAAGGUGGUGAGUGACUCUGCUGUCCUGGCGUCGUGAGGGAGCUUGUUCCACCAUUGGGGUGCCAGAACAGCGAACAGUUUUGACUGGGCUGAGCGGGAACUGUGCUUCCGCAGAGGUAGGGGGGCCAGCAGGCCAGAGGUGGAUGAACGCAAUGCCCUCGUUUGGGUGUAGGGACUGAUCAGAGCCUGAAGGUACAGAGGUGCCGUUCCCCUCACAGCUCCGUAGGCAAGCACCAUGGUCUUGUAGCAGAUGCGAGCUUCAACUGGAAGCCAGUGGAGUGUGCGGAGGAGCGGGGUGACGUGAGAGAACUUGGGAAGGUUGAACACCAGACGGGCUGCGGCGUUCUGGAUGAGUUGUAGGGGUUUAAUGGCACAGGCAGGGAGCCCAGCCAACAGCGAGUUGCAGUAAUCCAGACGGGGAGAUGACAAGUGCCUGGAUUAGGACCUGUGCCGCUUCCUGUGUAAGGCAGGGUCGUACUCUGCGAAUGUUGUAGAGCAUGAACCUACAGGAUCGGGUCACCGCCUUGAUGUUAGCGGAGAACGACAGGGUGUUGUCCAGGGUCACGCCAAGGCUCUUUGCACUCUGGGAGGAGGACACAACGGAGUUGUCAACCGUGAUGGCGAGAUCAUGGAACGGGCAGUCCUUCCCCGGGAGGAAGAGCAGCUCCGUCUUGCCGAGGUUCAGCUUGAGGUGGUGAUCCGUCAUCCACACUAAUAUGUCUGCCAGAGAUGCGAUUCGCCACCUGGUUAUCAGAAGGGGGAAAGGAGAAGAUUAAUUGUGUGUCGUCUGCGUAGCAAUGAUAGGAGAGGCCAUGUGAGGAUAUGACAGAGCCAAGUGACUUGGUGUAUAGCGAGAAUAGAAGAGGGCCUAGAACUGAGCCCUGGGGGACACCAGUGGUGAGAGCACGUGGUGCGGAGACAGAUUCUCACCACGCCACCUGGUAGGAGCGACCUGUCAGGUAGGACGCAAUCCAAGAGUGAGCCGCGCCGGAGAUGCCCAACUCGGAGAGGGUGGAGAGGAGGAUCUGAUGGUUCACAGUAUCAAAGGCAGCAGAUAGGUCUAGAAGGACGAGAGCAGAGGAGAGAGAGUUAGCUUUAGCAGUGCAGAGAGCCUCCUUGACACAGAGAAGAGCAGUCUCAGUUGAAUGACCAGUCUUGACGGAGUCACCCAUGAUUCACCAAAUGAUAUUUUGAAGGAGGAAGCAAAGUACUUUAAGCAUAUGUUUUCGUUUCAGUCACCUCCAUCUCCUCUAACUAAAGCUAAUUGUAGAGAUCUUUUUUCUAUUGAUAAUGUAAAAUUAACAGCCAUACAGAAAGACUCAUGUAAAGGUGAAAUUACAGAGGAGGAACUUCUGGAUGCAAUUAAAGACUUUAAGUCCGGGAAAACUCCAGGGUUGGAUGGCAUACCAGUCGAGGUAUACCAAACCUUUUUUGAUAUACUCAGAUGACCAUUAUUAGCAUGUUUUAACCACUCCUAUGUAAAUGGUAGAUUAUCAGACACUCAAGAAGAAGGUCUGAUUGCAUUAUUACUGAAACAGGAUACAAGUGGAAAAUAUAAAGAUCCAGUCCAUUAAAAAAAUUGGAGGCUUCAGUGUUGUGAAGCAUAACUUCUAGCUAAAUGUAUAGCGCAUAGAAUUAAAAAGGUAUUGUCAGACAUUAAUCAUUCUAAUCAGACAGGUUUUUACAUGGAAGAUACAUUGGAGAUAAUAUAAGGCAAGUACUGGAAACAAUAGAACACUAUGGAAAAUCUGGGAAACCAGGCCUGCUAUUCAUAGCAGACUUCAAAAAGGCAUUUGAUAAAGUACGACUGGGGUUUAUAUAUAAAUGCCUGGAGCAUUUCAAUUUUGGAGAAUCUCUUAUAAAAUGGGUUAAAAUCAUGUAUAGUAACCCUAUGUGUAAAAUAGUAAAUAACGGCUAUUUCUCAGAAAGUUUUAAACUGUCAAGAGGAGUGAAACAAGGUUGUCCACUAUUGGCAUAUUUAUUUACUAUGGCCAUCGAGAUGUUAUCUAUUAAAAUCAGAUCCAACAAUAAUAGCAAGGGAUUAGAAAUCCAGGGUUUAAAAACAAAGGUGUCAUUGUACGCUGAUGAUUCAUGUUUUCUUUUAAAUCCACAACUUGAAUCCCUCCACAGCCUCAUAGAGGAUCUAGAGACAUUUUCUAACCUCUCUGGAUUACAACCAAAUUAUGAUAAAUGUACUAUAUUACGUAUUGGAUCACUAGAAAAUACAAUUUUUACAUUACCAUGUAGUUUACCAAUAAUGGUCUGAUGGUGAUGUGGAUAUACUCACAAUACAUAUCCCAAAUGAAAUAUAUGAUCUCACUCCAAUACAUUUUAAUAGAAAGUUAGCAAAAAUAGAUAAGAUUUUGCUACCAUGGAAAGGUAAAUACCUGUCAAUUUGUGGAAAAAUCAGCCUGAUUAACUCUUUAGUAUUAUCCCAGUUGACCUAUUUGCUUAUGGUCUUGCCUAUGCCUAGCGAACAGUUUUUUAAAUUAUAUGAGAAAAAAAGAUUCCAUUUUAUUUGGAACGGCAAACCAGACAAAAUUAAAAGGGCCUAUUUAUAUAAUGAAUAUGAAAUCGGAGGACAGAAAUUAUUAAAUAUUAAUGCAUUAGAACUAUCACUAAAAGCUUCAGUCGUACAAAAGUUAUACUUAAAUCCGAACUGGUUCUCUAGCAAAUUAGUAAGAUUCUCUCACCCAAUGUUCAAGAAUGGCCUUUUUCCCUUUAUUCAGAUCACAACCUCUCACUAUCAGUUAUUUGAAAAGGAAAUCAUCUCCCAAAUAUCACUGUUUCUAAAACAAGCCAUAGAAAGUUGGUUGCAAUUUCAAUUUAAUCUUCCAGAAACGACAGAACAAAUAAUGCAACAAAUAUUGUGGUUAAACUCAAAUAUACUAAUUGAUUAAAAAAAGGUAUAAUCUUCGUAAAUGAUAUCAUCGGUAGGACUGGUGGAGUUAUGUCGCACAUGCAGCUAACAAAAACAUAUGGAAAUGUCUGCUCUACCCAAAAUUACAGCCAAAUAAUUGCUGCAUUACCGCAAAAAUGGAAGAGGAAAGUGGAGGGGGGAAAGAGUAAGGAACUUGUCUUUCGGCCUUGCAUUAAAGAACAUAAUUGGUUAAAGAAAACUGUGAUAAAUAAGAAAGUAUACCAGUUUCAUUUAAGGACCGACGGAUUGACAGCCGUCCCAUAUAGAUUGCAAAAUAGUUGGGAAGAGAUUUUUGACGUACCGAUCCCAUGGCAUAGUGUUUAUGAACUGAUACGCAAAACGACGCCGGAUUCAAAGCUUAGAAGUUUUCAAUUUAAAUUAUUAUAUAAAAUUCUUGCUACCAAUAAAAUGUUAUUUAUAUGGGGGAUACAAUCUUCCCAGCUCUGCAGAUUUUGCUGCGAAGAGACAGAAUCAUUAGAUCGUUUGUUUUGGUACUGUCCAUUUGUAGCUUGUUUUUGGACACAGGUCCAGGAAUGGCUAAAGGAUUGCAAUAUUUACCUGGAGCUAACCCUGCAGAUAGCAUUAUUGGGUGAUCUGAAAAGUCAUAGUCAAUCGAUCAAUAAUAUAAUAAUACUUUUAGCAAAAAUGUUUAUUUUCAAUUUACAAUUUGUAGAAACGGUUCAGAACUUUUGUAAAACAUCACAGUACAGUUGAAAAAUGUAUGGCAAAUAGAAAUCCAAUAUGGAUGGUGUUAAGAGAUAGAUGGGUGGUGUUGAAUGGAGUUGAAGGAUGGGACUAAUAACAACUAACAACUAAUAACAAUAAGAUAACUAAUCAUGUAAGCAUACUGUGUCCAUAAUAAGUAUAUAGGUUAUAGGUUGAGAGCUUUUGUGAAAGAGCACAGAUAGAAAGAUAUGGCAUAUAGAAGCAAACCGGAUGGACAUCAUGAAAAUGAUCGGAGAGGUUGAGGGUAGAGGAAGUUCAGGAGUAAAAACAAACAAAAUGUAAUUAUUGUAAAAUUGACUGUGUCCAUACAAUUUAUAUAGUAUGUAUAAGCUGGAAGUAGAGGCCUAAGCAUUGUUGUUCACUAGUUUACUCCAAUUAGGGAAGGGGUGGUGGGGUUGGAAAGUAAUAAAGGGAAAUAUAUAUUUUUUACAAAAAGACACCGACAACCAUAAGCUACCGUCAAACACAAAAUGUUUAUUAUGAACACACAGUAAAGGUUUGGGAAAAGGGGCUGAGCAGGACCCAAGGAAUGAAACAAUAAUGUAAAAAAAAACUAAACUGAUCUUGCCUGCCUCAAGAACCGCUAAGCUACUGCUAACCAUACAAAAAUACAGUGGGUGGUCCGCUCAGGUCUAACUAGUGUUUUUAGACAAUGUUUUUUCUACGGGUAAUGUAUGCCCAAGGGCAACUUGCUAAAUCCCCCUUUUCCCAGGAACAAAUGAGUGAGUACACAAAAAACAGGACACCACAGUAUCCAUACUCCCAAACGAAAAGAGUCUGUCAGCAAACACAACUGACUGGCUUUUAAAACAAUGGGAUGUGUGAUGUGAGUGAAAAACCAGAAACAGGUGGUGCAAUGCAGAGGAAUGUCCACUGAUUGGUCCACCUCAGCAAUCAGCAGACGAACGGAUGUCGGACAGGUGGGACACCCCAACGAUCACCAAUCAGGAAAACAAGGGACACCUGUGAUUAGGGCAGAAGGAGAGAAAAAAACAAAUACACAUACAGGAUACCUGUAUCCGUAACACUCCCACCCUUAAAAGAGCAAACCUACAAGGGUUUGCGUCUCAUGUACUAUCCCUACACAUAAAACAAAUGUAAAGAGCAAAAGCAUCUUCACGGGAUAGAAAAUAAAUCCUAGAUCUCUAAACACGAGACUGGCGUUUUCUAUCAGGAGUCUGUAUCACGUAAUCAGUUUCACUUAGUUUAUUUUCAAUUACAUAAGGACCAGAGAAACGUGCUGACAAUGACGCUCCUGGCACAGGCAACAAUACAAGAACUUGGUCACCCGGCUGCAGCGAACGAGAAACAGCCUGGUUGUCAUAGUGCCGUUUCAUACGUCUCUGUGAGGAAGACAGUGCUUCCUUUACUAGAGCACAGGCACCAUGUAGGCGCUCACAAAAGCGACUAACGUAGUCCAACACAUUUUAUUUCUCACACAAACUGAUCCUUAAGGACUUUCAUAGGUCCUCUCACGGUGUGUCCAAACACCAGUUCAGCUGGGCUGUACCCUAAGGAUUCCUGUACCGUCUCACGGACAGCAAACAAACCUUGAGGAACUCCCUCAUCCCAAUCCUUCUCAGAUUCCAAGCAAUAUUUACGGAGCAUAGACUUCAGUGUCUGAUGCCAACGUUCAAGCGCACCCUGAGACUCUGGGUGAUAUGCGCUUGACACGAUGUGUAACUGACAAGGAUUUUAACACUUGUUUGAAAAGCUUAGAAAGGAAAUUCGUACCCUGAUCAGUUUGUACCACCUUAGGUAACCCAAAAGUUGAGAAGAAUUUGAUCAAAGCUUUACUCACCACCGGAGCAGUAAUCCUUCACAGAGGAAUGGCCUCUGGGUACCUGGUGGCCACACACAUAAUCGUCAACAGAAACUGGUUACCAGAUUUUGUCUUUGGUAAUGGUCCAACACAAUCAACCAACACAUGUUCGAAUGGUUCACCUAUGGCAGGUAUGGGACAAAGAGGCGCGGGAGGAAUAACCUGGUUCGGUUUCCCAGUUACUUGACAGGUGUGGCAUGUCCGACAGAACUGAGCCACAUCUUGUUUUAAACCAGGCCAAAAGAAAUGUCGCAAAACCCGAUCAUAAGUCUUGGUGACUCCCAGAUGUCCGGACCACUGGUGAUCAUGAGCGAGGGAUAAAACAUUUUGUCGAAAGGCUGUAGGAAUCACUAUUUGGUAAACAGCAUUCCAAUCUCCGCCAGCGUCAACAUGGGAUGUCCAUUUACGUAUGAGGAGAUUACCAUCAAUGAAGUAUGCCAUGUUUUUCUUCCUUAGCUCCUCCACUGAGACAACACUAGAAAAACAUUUAGCCAGGCUAAUGUCAACCUUCUGGUUAGCGAUCAGCUGCUCACGAGUGACUGGUAACUUUAUUGCCUCAGCAACAAGUUCCACAUACUUCUUCCUUUCCCUGGGCUGUUGGUCAGACUGCACCAGCUUACCAGAGGUAGCACCCAAGCUAUCCUCUGGGUCACACACUCUGAAUAGAAUAGUGUUCGACAAAUCUAUCACGUCACCCACUGACAGCACAAGCGGGGAACACAUAUGGAUAACCCUGUGCCAGCUCCUCGGAGAGAGACUGGUCACUUUUAUCCAAUACCUCCAAUACGGGGAUCACCUUUCCUCCGGCAAUAUCGUUGCCCAUUAUAAAUGUCACACCUUUUACUGGCAACAACCGGACGCUGAGACGCUUCGUCAUCUGAUAUGGAAACAAACCCCUCAAAAAUGAACGGUUCAUAACUGCGAUCUGGGACUGGGACUUUCAAACCACCUUUACCCUGAGGCAUCUGUUUUGAUUCUGGUCUUACAACCGUACGAAUCAGCCCAACACUCGUUGGCAGCCUGGCGUGCAGAGGCAUCCCCUGUUUGCGUUUUAGCAGAAAGCAAUCAUUCUUCUUGAGCCACUCCUUUGUUGCCUUGGCCGUGUGUUUUGGGUCAUUGUCAUGCUGGAAUACCCAUUCCACUACCCAUUUUCAAUGCCCUGGCUGAGGGAAGGAGGUUCUCACCCAAGAUUUGACGGUACAUGGCCCCGUCCAUUGUCCCUUUGAUGCAGUGAAGUUGUCCUGUCCCCUUAGCAGAAAAACAUCCCCAAAGCAUAAUGUUUCCACCUCCAUGUUUGACGGUGGGGAUGGUGUUCUUGGGGUCAUAGGCAGCAUUCCUUCUCCUCCAAACACGGUGAGUUGAGUUGAUGCCAAAGAGCUCGAUUUUGGUCUCAUCUGACCACAACACUUUCACCCAGUUCUCCUCUGGAUCAUUCAGAUGUUCAUUGGCAAACUUCAGACGGGCCUGUAUAUGUGCUUUCUUGAGCAGGGGGACCUUGCGGGCGCUGCAGGAUUUCAGUCCUUCACGGCGUAGUGUGUUACCAAUUGUUUUCUUGGUGACUAUGGUCCCAGCUGCCUUGAGAUCAUUGACAAGAUCCUCCCGUGUAGUUCUGGGCUGAUUCCUCACCGUUCUCAUGAUCAUUGCAACUCCACGAGGUGAGAUCUUGCAUGGAGCCCCAGGCCGAGGGAGAUUGACAGUUAUUUUGUGUUUCUUCCAUUUGCGAAUAAUCGCACCAACUGUUGUCACCUUCUCACCAAGCUGCUUGGCGAUGGUCUUGUAGCCCAUUCCAGCCUUGUGUAGUUCUACAAUCUUGUCACUGACAUCCUUGGAGAGCUCUUUGGUCUUGGCCAUGGUGGAGAGUUUGGAAUCUGAUUGUUUUAUUGCUUCUGUGGACAGGUGUCUUUUAUACAGGUAACAAGCUGAGAUUAGGAGCACUCCCUUUAAGAGUGUGCUCCUAAUCUCAGCUCGUUAGCUGUAUAAAAGACACCUGGGAGCCAAAAAUCUUUCUGAUUGAGAGGGGGUCAAAUACUUAUUUCCCUCAUUAAAAUGCAAAUCAAUUUAUAACAUUUUUGACAUGCGUUUUUCUAGAUUUUUGUUGUUGUUGUUCUGUCUCUCACUGUUCAAAUAAACCUACCAUUAAAAUUAUAGACUGAUCAUUUCUUCGUCAGUGGGCAAACGUACAAAUAUACAAAAAUACUUUUUUCCCUCACUGUAAACACUUGCCCCCCAAUCCCCCCUUUCACAAAGCGUGUAAACAUCGGACUAUAAAUUGUGCCUUCCUGUAUUAUACUUAUGCAAAUAAAAAGUAUUAUAUUCUACUGAGCCAUUUACUUUGUUUGUAUUCUUAUCUUUUAUUAUUUCACACCAGUAGAAUAUGGUGGUGGAUCUUUGAUGUUAUUAUGGUGGUGGAUCUUUGGGGCUAUUUUGCUUCCACUGGUCCUGGGGCCCUGGUUAAGGUCAACGGCAUCAUUAACUUUACAAAGUAGGCCUAUCAGGACCUUUUAACCAAAAACCUGGUUGCCUCUGCCAGGAGGCUGGCACUUGGCCACAAUUGGAUCUUCCAGCAAGACAAUAAUCCCAAGCACUAAUUAAAAUCCACUAAGAAAUUGUUAAUUGACCACAAAAUCAACAUUUUGCAAUGGGUAUCUCAGUCUCUGGACAUCAUUGAACCCCAUUGAAAACCUGUGGUUUGAAUUGAAGAGGGCAGUCCAUAAGAGCACAUGAAGAAUAUCAAGGAUCUGGAAAGAUUCUGUAUGGAGGAAUUGUUUAAGAUCCCUCCCAACGUGUUCUACAAUCUCAUAAAACCUUUAAGAAAAAGGCUCAGUGACGUUAUCCUCACAAGGGUGCUAGAGUAUUGAAAACAGGGGUGCCAAUCAUUUUGACCCCUAUCUUUUGUAGAAUUUGUUUUUAUUACUUGUUAAACAAAAUAUAUUUCUCUAAGCAAUUGUAUUAGUAUAUAUUUUUUUGUAUACAGUAUAGCUCAGUAUUUGUAUUAUUUAUCCUGAACAAAAAUAUAAACGCAAGAGUUGUUGGUCCCAUGUUUCAUGAGCUGAAAUAAAAGAUCCUAGAAAUGUUCCAUACACACAAAAAGCUUCUUUCUCUCACAUUUUGUGUAGACAUUUGUUAACAUCCCUGUUAGUGAGCAUUUCUCCUUUGCCAAAAUCAUCCAUCUACCUGAACCGGUGUGGCAUAUCAAGAAUCUGAUUAAACAGCACGAUCAUUACAUAGGUGUCCCCUUGUGCUGGGGACAAUAAAAGGCCACUCUAAAAUAUGCUGUUUUUUAUUAUUUUUUAAGCACAAUGCCACAGAUGUCUCAAGUUUUGAGGGAGCGUGCAAUUGGCAUGCUGACUGCAGGAUUGCCCACCACAGCUGUUGCCAGAGAAUUGAAUGUUCAUUUCUCUACCCUAAGCCACCUCCAAAGUCAUUUUAGUGAAUUUGGCAGUACGUCCAACCGGUCUCACAACCGCAGACCACAUUUAACCACGCAAGCCCAGGACCUCCACAUCCGGCUUCUUCGUCUGAGACCAGCCACCCGGACAGCUGAUGAAACUGCAUUCAGGUCAAGACCGAAUAAUUUCUGCACAAACUGUCAGAAAUUUCUCAGGGAAGCUCAUCUGCGUGCUCACGGUCCUCACCAGGGUCUUGACCUGACUGCAGUUUGACAUCGUGACCUGACUGCAGUUCGACGUCGUAACCGACUUCAGAGGACAAAUACUCACCUUCGAUGGCCACUGACACGCUGGAGAAGUGUGCUCUUCACGGAUGAACCCCGGUUUCAACUGUACCGGGCAGAUGACAGACACUGGCAUCGUCUUUACGUCUGUUAUUCAGCAUUUUUGUUUCUCUUUCUGCUAUAGUUGACCUAGUAUUUUAUAUUAGACGUACCUCACAUAUCCAGUUUUUUCAUUUGUAUCUCACCCACCAACAUUUUUUUUACAUUUUGUAUUAUUUGUGCUGGUCUAAUUCCUAUAAUGGAAAAACAGAAUAAGCUGUGCGCUCUUGGAUAGUAAUAAUAGCUCAUAUGGUGCUCUUCAAUGUCCCAGGUUUGUGGCAUUGAUGAAUAAAUAAUUUAAUCCUUACUUGAAGUCAGACCUUGUUUCAUAUACACUCUUGAGUGUUUCAUUGCAAUAUAAUAGAUACUUUUUUCAUUGUCAUACCUCUGCUCUCUCCUGCUUCUUUGGCCUGCUACACAUCUUUCCAGCUGCCAUCGUGAACGUUGGUUCAACCUGAGGUGAAAUGUACCACGAGACCGUGGUGUGAUACACAGCACAAUGCACCGCCCACCUGUUGUGUUUGACCUUUCAAUCUACACUAUAUAUACAAAAGUUUGUGGACAUCCCUUCAAAUUAGUGGAUUUGGCUAUUUCAGCCACACCCGUUGCUGACAGGUGUAUAAAAUCGAGCACACAGCCAUGCAAUCUCCAUAGACAAACAUUGGCAGUAGAAUGGCCUUCCUGAAGAGCUCAGUGACUUUCAACAUGGUACCGUCAUAGGAUGCCACCUUUCCAACAAGUCAGUUUGUCAAAUUGCUACCCUGCUAGAGCUGCCCCGGUCAAUUUAAGUGCUUUUAUUGUGAAGUGGAAAAGUCUAGGAUCAACAAUGACUCAGCUGCGAAGUGGUAGGCCAAACGCACAGAGCUGUUUAAUGAUGAUGGUAUAUUCAAUGAACUGAUGAAAACUAACCAAGCGCUCCAGGACAAGUUGUCUACAGAAUUAAAGGAGCUUAAAAUCAAGAAAUUCAACCAAGACAAAAAAGACAAGGCCGAGGACAAAGUCUACUUCUGGAGAAACCCUGACAAGAGAAGUCCUGCUCCUCCUCUCCAUGACAGACGCAGGAGGGAGGCCGCUAACUUCUAUCCACUCCCGUCUGACCAACGCUCUACAACUAGCGCCUCAUCCGCUUCCAGUGCCAGUUUUUUAUCCAACGAGAGACUGGGCCGACGGAAGCGCGGAGGUGGCCGCGGUCACGCGUACGGACGAGAUGCCGUACACGACCGGGUAAGAAGAAAUGACUACCAGAGGCAGAGGGGACACAGAACCCACAGGACUGAGUGUCUUUAAUUUAUCAAGCAAGAUAUUGAGUCCUGCCCAUGUUUCCUUGCUUAAUAAAGGGUUAUAUGUUGUCCCUACAACUCAGUGCAACGAUUUUGAUGUUAAGCUAGACAUGUUUAAGUUUUUUUAGAAACAUCCGUUUAAGGGAAUACUUUAACUCCCCUAAUCGUGAUAUUUCAACUGAACAUGUAGGUGGCUCACCUGCACAUACUCCGACUCCUUUUAUAAUAAUAAUAAGCCAUUUAGCAGACGCUUUUAUUCAAAGCGACUUACAGUCAUGCGUGCAUACAUUUUUGUGCAUGGGUGGUCCCGGGGAUCGAACCCACUACCUUGGCGUUUCAAGCGCCAUGCUCUACCAGCUGAGCUACAGAGGACCACCUUUUAGAAGUAAGAGUUAUUUUGUACCUCCAGCCAAUCGCAAUCACUCUAUUGAGACAUAUUGCAGACUCGUUGAAAAAGAUGUUGGGAAUCUCCUUAAGAACAAACAUGAGUACAUAUCUUUUCAAAAUUUACCCAAGGAUGAAAAAUAAGUUUUGCUUGAUUUACAAUCCGAUACGUGAGUUCUUACCCGCCCUGCUGAUAAGGGUGGGUCGGUUGUACUCAUGGAUAGGACAGUUUAUGUAAAUGAGUGUCACAGACAACUGCUUGACAACACCUUUUACAAGAAACUCAGAAGUGACCCCCACUUCCCAAUUUCAGAACACUAUCUUUACUGUCCUAGAUGGGUAUUUAAGUUCUGGUCAAAUCACCCCAAAAUCACCCGAUUUUUUGGCUAUUCAACACCCUAAAAUUGUCACUUUCUAUACUUUGCCGAAAUUACACAAGAAUGUUACAAAACCUCCAGGGCGCCCUAUUGUAGCGGGCAUUUAUGCAGUAACAGCCCCUUUAUCAACCUUUGUAGACUUUUUUAUUAGACCUCUCGCAGAACAGCUCCCCUCCUUUGUAAAGGACACCAGCAGUAUGAUCUAUAUUAUUGAAUCUCUUGAUCCUCUCCCUGAUAAUACCUUGCUAGUUACUUUUGAUGUUGAGUCGUUAUAUACGAAUAUUCCACACGAGGGCGGUAUUGAAGCCAUGGAACAUUUUCUUCUGCAACGUGACCCAAAUGAACUACCUUCCAGUGCAUGCAUUAUAACAUUGGCUGAAAUAGUACUCACACACAACUACUUCAUAUUUCUAAAUGAUUUCUUUAUUCAGACGAAGGGUACUGCUAUGGUAUCCCCUAUGGAUCCUAACUAUGCUAAUUUGUAUGUGGGUUACAUUGAGAAACAGUCAAUUUUCAAUCCACUCAAAAAUGUUUUCUUGCCUAACAUUAUUAUUUGGAAACGGUACAUUGAUUAUAUUUUUGUUCUAUGGAGGGGUGAUUUAAAACAGCUCCAGGCAUUCCAUGCUUUUCUUAACUCGGUUGUUCUGAGCACCUGAGAUUGACUAUGCAAUCGGACACACGUCAAAUCAGUUUCCUUGAUCUUCUGAUUUUGUGAGGAUAAUGUUCUAUACACAGAUUAAUACUGCCAUUGAGAAAAUUCCAAACAAAUCGAGACUUAUAAUUAAUUAGUCAUUUAGCAGACGCUCUUAUCCAGAGCGACUUACAGGAGCAAUUAGGGUUAAGCGCCUUGCUCAAGGGCACAUCGACAGAUUUUUCACCUAGUCAGCUCGGGGAUUAGAACCAGCGACCUUUCGGUUACUGGCACAACGCUCUUAACCACUAAGCUACCUGCUAUAUCAGUAUGUUAAUACAGGACUAGUAAAGGCCCAGUGUUACUGACUGCUAUAUCAGUCUGUUAAUACAGGACUAGUAAAAGGCCCAGUGUUACAGACUGCUAUAUCAGUCUGUUAAUGCAGGACUAGUAAAGGCCCAGUGUUACAGACUGCUAUAUCAAGUCUGUUAAUGCAGGACUAGUAAAGGCCCAGUGACCUCUUUCAGGGACAGUCUCGCAAAAAGAAGCAUUCUUGCGUUCUAACUACACGCUAUUCAAAGUGCUCUGAACAAAUUAAGGGAAUCGUUCACAAACAUUGGCACAUUCUAAGAUCCGAUGACAGUAUUGGUAAUGUGUUUUCGGACCCUCCAUUGGUUGUAUUCUCGCGGGGCAGAAACCUCAGAGAUCAAUUGGUCAACUCGGAUUUACCAACCCUAAAUAUCCCUGCACAACGUCUAUUUGCGCCUCCACCGGAUGGGGAAACUACAAGUGUAAUGGCUGCGCUCAAUGCAUUGGCACUUACAAAUGUAGAUCCUUUAAACACCCCCAAACAGGAAAACAGAUCCCAAUCAAAGGUGUUAUUACGUGCUCCACUAAGGCAGUUAUUUAUCUUAUAACUUGUCCUUGUGGUAAACAUUAUGUGGGUAAAACAAAGCGCGAAUUAAAAGUACGAAUCUCGGAGCAUCGUAGCACCAUUAGGUGCAAAAACUCGACAUACCCAGUCGAUGCCGAUUUCGUCCCUACGUUAUAUCGGCAUCGAACAUGUCACCCUCCCUAGGAGAGGGGGUGACCUCGACAACUUAUUGUUAAAACGAGAGGGUGCCUGGAUCUUUAAUUUAAAGACCCUUGCUCCCUUUGGUCUCAACGUAGACUUUGAUUUGAAGCCAUUCUUGUGAUUAUUGUGAUUUUGCUAUUCAUUGUAAAUGUUUGUGGGCCUAUGUAGCUAUGAUCGUAUGCUAUCCAUGUUUUUUGUAUGUUCUGUUUAUCUGUGAAUUAACCAAUGCUAUUAGGCCACACCCGGCCAUGAUUACAGACACCUGCGUGUGUCCUUUGACACUAUAUAAACUAGUGACACGCAGUGUUUGUCAUUAUACCCUGAUGAAGACAGCUUGUCUGUCGAAACAUUGGUUAUUAGGAUAUUAAAUUAUUGCAUCUGAGCUCCUAGAGUGUGCAGCUUUCCUUUUCUUUUUCAGGCCAAACAAGCUCACAAAAUGGAACCGCCGAGUGCUGAAGCGUGUAAAAAUAAUCUGUCCUUGAUUGCAACACUCACUACAGAGUUCCAAACUGCCUCUGGAAGCAAUGUCAGCAGAAGAACUGUUAGUCGAGAGCUUAAUGAAAGGGGUUUCCAUGGCCGAGCCGCCGCACACAAGCCUAAAAUCACCAUGCGCAAUGCCAAGCGUCGGCUGGAAUGGUGUAAAGCUUGCCGCCAUAGGACUCUGGAGCAGUGGAAACGCGUUCUCUGGAGUGAUGAAUCACGCUUCACCAUCAGGCAGUCCGACGGACUAAUCUGGGUUUGGCGGAUGCCAGGAAUACGCUACCUGCCCGAAUGCAUAGUGCCAGUUGUUAUGUUUGGUGAAGGAGGAAUAAUGGUCUGGGGCUGAUUUUCAUGGUUCGCGCUAGGCCCCUUAGUUCUAGUGAAGGAAAAUCUUAACUAUACAGCAUACAUUCUAGACAAUUCUGUGCUUCCAACUUUGUGGCAACAGUUUGGGGAAGGCCCUUUCCUGUUUCAGCAUGACAAUACCCUUGUGCAAAAAGCGAGGUCCAUUCAGAAAUGGUUUGUUGAGAUUGGUGUGGAAGAACUUGAUUGGCCUGCACAGAGCCCUGACCUCAACCCCAUCGAACACCUUUGGGAUGAAUUGGAGCGCCGACUGCGAGCCAGGCCUAAUUGCCCAACAUCAGUGCCCGACCUCACUAAUGCUUGUGGCUGAUUGGAAGCAAGUCCCAGUAGCAAUGUUCCAACAUCUAGAGGAAAGCCUUCCCAGAAGAGUGGAGGCUGUUAUAGCAGCAAAGGGAAGACCAGCUCCAUGUUGCUGCCCAUGAUUUUGGAAUUAGAUGUUCGACGAGCAGGUUUCCACAUAAUUUUGGUGUAUCAUGUCUAGCUACAUUGUAGCUAAAUUCACCAAAAUCUAAAUUGUAAAAUUAACCCAGAUUUCAAUUUCAUAAGUCAUACAAAAAGUAAUUAACAAACAUGUUAAGUUUGUUUUUCUGAUAAUCUGUCAAGCAUGGCAAGGAAAAAACCUGUUUGCUUUGUAAAAGUUUUUAUUUAGAAGAUGAAAGAACAUGUCCACAACAACGAUGUCCACCUCAGAUGUUACCAAAAUGAUACAACAGAAAAAAAUUGUCCGACAUCAAUAGCUAGGAUUCCAUCUAAUUGGCGACAGAUUUUCAUGUGAAUAUUCUAAAAUCCACAUAAAUAAAAGAUGCAAAUUUUCUCACCAGAGAUGUGUUUCCAUCAAAUUUACUUGUUGCAGAUAAAAGCCUGUGCAUGAUGACAUAGUGCACAUAAAAUGUACUUUAGCGGUUAAAUUCCCAUGUACCUAAUAAAACAUACAAGCUAAGUGCAUUUCCAUCCCAUUUCCAACUCUACUGAUGGUUUUGUAACAAAGAAUGUUGCGUUACAUAGCGAAUGUGCCCUAUCUGGUACUGGCACGUGCGCUCUAGCCAAUGGCUUGCAGAUACAGUGCGGGUAUAGCCUACACAUGAUGAGGUUAUUAUGGACAAAAUAUAAUUUUAAUUUGUCAAACGGCAGUCAAGCAUCGAUCAUCAUGUCACCAGAAUAAGACCCUCGAUAUUUAUCGGAAAGGAGCAUCAAGCUCAUCACCUUGCCUAGCGUACUUUGUUUUGUCGUCAUUUGGAAAGUUUACCGACAAAUUAACUGUUUCCAUCAGGCCUGUCAUGACAUUUUUAUCCAACAUGUACUUUACUCGCAUAAAAAGGUUGGAUGGAACCUGGUUAAUGACACUAAAACAUCUCCAACAGAAUCUAAUCUUGAUUCUUUGGUCAUAAUAAUUUCCAUUAUAUCCAAACACAUGUUCUAGUCUACUGCUCUUCACCAUUGUUCUCUUGAAAUGUACUGUAAUUCUAGCUGUCCUACAGCAGGUUGCAGACCCUCAACAUCUUAGUGCUGCUUGGAGAAGAAGUCUUUGCUCUUCUGGAUGUCGGGCUUGAUGGUGUCACUUCCUGGUUUCCAGCCGGCGGGACAGACUGAGAGGAAACACCAGAGAAGAAGUUGAGUCUCAGGACAGUGCAGUAUGAUAAGCAAAACACACUUAGAACCUGAGCUUUAUAUUUUUACACAUUCUGACGAUAUCUACUAUCAGCCUAACAUUCUCAGCUGUUACAAACAUGGAAUGUUACCUCAAAAGAGAGAGUGGUAAAAGUGACCUAAAUGCUGUUCACAUAGUGCAGGUAUCGUCAACCGGCGGCCCGCGUGCCAAAUUCGGCCUGUGGACAAUUUUCUUUGGCCCCCCAAAGUUUUCUGAGCCCAAAAAAUAUUUUCUUUAAUUAUUUUUGCAUUUUUAGUUUUGGGACAUGAAAGACUAAAAUCAAUAGGAAUUCACCUCAAAAUGAUUUUAAUUUAGGAAUUCUAUUCCUAAGUAUUUCCACUCGUGUACCAAUGUAAUCAAGGUUUGAAAUUAUUAUGUUUUUGUCAAAUACAGUACAAAUACAGUCAAAUACAGCAUCUGUUUGGGCUUGCGUACAAAUGAUUUAUAAUUAUGUUCCGGCCCCCCAACCAUCUGUCCAAGAAAAAAAUAGGCCCGGGGCUGAAUCUAGUUUAUGACCCCUGACAUAGUGUAUGUGUCUGCUGACGGUACAUGGUAAGAUAUGGCACUGCAAAAGGUUAGCCUGAUUCCGUGUAGGAUAAGGAGGCAUUGUCUUUUGGAAAACAAAAAGAAAGCUGGUUAAGUUAUGUACCUUCUCCGUGUUUGUCAGUGAACUGAAAGGCCUGCACCAGACGCAGGGUCUCGUCGAUGGAGCGUCCCACUGGAAGGUCGUUGAUGGUGAUCUGCCUCAAGACGCCCUUGUCGUCAAUAAUGAAUAGGCCCCUGAAAAAACAAACAGGGAAUAAAUUGAGUGAUUUAGUCUUGUGUUAGUCUUGUUGGGCACGUAGUCUUACGUUAGGCACGUUACCCGGGUUUUGACCCAGUCGGUCAUAGAGACACUGAACUUUGACCCUUGAACUUGUCUGUUGUGAACCCACCUGUAGGCGAUGCCCUCAUCCUCCUUCAGCACCCCGUAGUCUGUGGAGAUGGAACGCAGUGUGUCGGCUACCAGAGGGAUCUUCAUGGCACCCAGACCGCCCUGCUUACG